CUGGUACCACCCUGUACAUCUGUAUCACGCGCGCGCGUGACCGGCGCUCCGUCCUUGUCCGUGACGCGCGCGCUACCCCCAGCGAGGUGGUGGCGGUCCAGCGUGUAAGCCGUGCGGGAUGCUGAAUCCGUAGGAGCGACUCAGUCGUAUCGCCUGGGCCCUCUCUGUCGCACGGCUAACGCCCGGUCGGCGAGACUGUGCGAGGCUGUGCAUCCGCGUGCCGCCAGAGAGGAGGCCGAUUUCCUCCCUCGGCGAAGCAGCAGUUUUUUCGUCGCCACGGAAAGGAAAUCGGGACGGGCGGCGGAAUGGAUACGUCCGCGUGAGAGGGAUGCGCUGCACGAUUUCACUGGGGUAGCCGGCGUUGCAGAGCUCACAUCCGGAAGCAGACGAGAGCACGAACGGGUACGGAGAGGAGGAUGGGAGUGUACGUGACAGGCGUAAUCGGCGUGAUUGUGUUUUACAUCGCGGUGCUGGCCGUCGGUGUAUGGGCCGCUGCGUUCAAGCGGAGGCAGGCCGCGCAGGGCCACCUGCAGGAUGACAUGAUGCUGGCGAACCGACGCCUCGGCCCCUUGCUCGGCGUCUUCACCCUCAUCGCAACAUGGGUUGGAGGAGCCUUCGUCAACGGGACCGCCGAGGCCAUGUAUACGAAGGGUCUAGCCUGGUGUCAAGUACCUAUCGGCUACAGCCUCAGCCUGAUUUUCGGCGCCAUGCUCUUCGUGCGUCCGAUGAGGAAGGCCGAGUACGUGACGAUGCUGGAUCCCUUUCAAGAACGAUACGGCGCGGGCAUCGGAGGCUUGCUCUUCCUGCCGGCGCUCUGCGGCGAUCUAUUCUGGUGCGGCGCCGUCCUGAGAGCGCUGGGAAGCUCGCUGGCGGUCGUCGCCGGCGUCGAUCCGAAUAUCAGCGUUUGUGCGUCCGCGCUCUUGGCGGCCAUAUACACGGUUUUCGGCGGUCUGUAUUCCGUGGCGUGUACCGAUGCGCUACAACUGCUAUGCAUUCUGCUGGGUUUAGCGAUAGCUGCGCCGUUUUCCAUGGUGCAUCCCGCGGUGUCGUUCCAGAACAAUCUGUCGCCGAAGGACUGGCUGGGACACGUGAAGAAUGAGGACAUGGGCGAGUGGGUGGACGGUAUGCUGCUACUGGUGUUCGGCGGUAUACCUUGGCAGGGUUACUUUCAACGAAUCCUAAGCAUUAAGAGCACUUCCGUUGCAACGACUCUAUCAAUUGUCUCGAUGUUCGGUUGCCUGAUACUCGCGGUGCCAUCAGCCCUAAUUGGGGUAGUGGCUCGUGCUACCGACUGGUCCUUGGUCCCAGGCUUCAACAGGACGUUCACCACGGACGACGGAAGCGCCGCGUUGCCGAUGGUCCUGCGGUAUCUCACGCCCCAAUGGGUGUCUUUCGUUGGUCUCGGCGCAAUCUCGGCGGCUGUAAUGUCCUCGGCGGACUCCAGUAUACUCGCCAGUAGCUCUAUGUUUACCAGGAACGUCUACAAACUCACGAUACGGCCAAAAGCGUCCGAGCGUGAACUAAACUGGGUCUUGAGAAUUUCCGUAAUCGUAGUCUCCAUACUGUCCACUCUCGUCGCUCUCACAGUCAGCAGCGUUUACUAUCUUUCGUACUUGUGCUCGGAUCUCGUUUAUGUCGUUCUGUUCCCGCAACUGUUAGCCGUUAUUCAUUGGCCUAACAUGGUGGAUACUUACGGCUGUCUGGCGGGCUAUUUCAUCGCUAUCGUCCUGCGUCUCGGUGGCGGUGAAAGAGGUCUUGGCAUAAUCCCGCUGAUCGAAUAUCCGUUCUACGAUACGAGGACGCGCACCCAGAAGUUUCCCUUUCGCACCGCCGUCAUGAUAAUCGCCCUCUUCACUCAGCUGCUAACCAGCUUCCUCGCCAGAACCCUGCUGGGCAAAGGAUACUUUCCGCAAUGUUGCGAUGUGCUGAGUAUCUAUUCGCCCGGAAAGUCCAAGGAGUCGUCGGGCGUAGUGCAAAGCAGCUCUGGCGCAGCUCUUAUGGAUUCGUCCUCGAAGUCGACGUCGGGCAUAGAUUCUUGCGAUGGCGUCGGCACGUGUGUCUACGAUGACGAAAGAACCUACGGCCACGAGGACACGAACGACCCCUGCGACGGCGAUGCGAUGCUCGGCAGCAAUCACGCUGAGCUGUCGAGGGCGAAGAGCGUUGGGAUGUCGGUCGUGCAACGUGGCGGCCACAAUCAGCAAGGUUUGCGCAGCGCGGUGCCGACGCCGGCGCGACACGUCUCCAUGGCGAGCCCGGUGUACACGCCGAUACCGAACGACAGAGAGCAAACCCUCGCAGUGAGGAAUCUACGCAGUCCCGUCGGUCCCCAGAUACUCUCGCCCACCCGGUCGAUCGGGAUACCAGCGACUCCGAUCGCCCCGUGCGCUCCCUCUUAUGCCAAAGUGGGCUGCGAGCUCGGGCCGAGCAGCGAGAAGCAGCGCAAUAACGACCGUAUCAGCAUUGUUGAUAGGAGCAACAUGGAGUACAACUUAAACGCUCAAGAGAACCCGCCCGCCAGCGUGGGUCCCAGAAAGAGCGUGAAGGGGGUGAAGCUCGUCGGUAUGGAGGGCGGCCCGCUGCGAAGACCGUCGUUGCAGCUUCCCGUACAUAGCUCCCACGAGACGACGUUUUGUGCCGCGUGUCCUCAGGGCACGUUCUCGCCGACACCAUCGGUAGAGUUAGUCAACAUUCUGGAGAGGAGACAGAGCAACGGUUCGUACGGACCGGGUUCCCUGUCCCCCGUGCCGUCGAUGGGGGUAGAGGCGUGCAAAACCCACGGAACCGCGUCUGAGGGUCAGAACGGAACCGAGCAUUGCAAGAUAAAGAGAGGCAUCGUGCGACAUCACAGCUUCAAUGACACGGGCGACCGAGUGUCCUUGACGACGCUCGCCAGACAGCCAAAUUACCCGUCGAUGCCGCUGAGGCCGGAGGACUGUCGUAUGACAUUAGCAAGGAAGGACAAACGCCUGGCCACCAUCGGCAGGCACUCGUCGAUGACGAACGAAAUGGAGUUCAGCAAUACGAGCAGCCUGAUUGUCAGUCCCACCUUCAGCAUGUACAGUUCGGCCCCGAAGAGCUCUAAUUAUUUCGUCACCGAUGACGAAGCGGUCAGCAGGUUCUAAAACGGGGUUCCUAGGGUUGCAGAACCGAAAACGACACUUGCAGACUCACUUCAAGUAGUUAAAGUGCAAAUGUCGAAAUUCGUACAUUCAGCUGGUGCAAAAGAUUCCGUUGUGUUCACAGUCAUCAAAUUAUAUGUCUUUUUUCUUAGAUAAGAAAUAGAGAACAUGUGGUUUUGCUAAAAAAGAGCAUUGAAAUACUCUUUCUUAGAUAGAAGGAACAAGAGCAAUCUGAACGAUGAUUCAGAUUGAGAAUAAUUUUUGAUAUCAUGUGUCGUACACGGAGAGAACUUUCUC